GUCCGCCCGUGCGUAACGGUGGCACGAUGUAACGGCGUGCCGCGCCCUUCCCUCUUCCGUUUCCAGGCAACGAGGGCCAGGCGGAGGUUUCGCGGUGUCAGGGCCCGCACGCGGGAGGUUUUGGCGGACCCGGGAAGACGUUGGCCGCCGUGAGGCGGCUGUGCUGCUGCGUGCACCGGAGGAGGGUGCUCCGCCAGUGGCUGGGCGCUAUGGGAAGCGAGUGGGAGAUGAAACACUUCUGGCUGUACGUGGGGGCCCUGGGCUUUGACCCGGACGCUGGCAAUGGCAGCUUGGGUCUCAGAACGGAGAUGUUUGAUACAUCGUACAGCCAGAUGUUUCUCACUGUUGCCUAUUUCAUGUUUACUAAGCUGGAUCAGAACCGUGCAGAUGAAAGUUUAAAAAACUGUUGCUAUUCAUUAUUCCAUGCAGUGCCUCAAUUUUGGAAGAAUUACCGAAGACGGCUAAAAGAAAUGGCAGAUGAAGAUGAAAGCUGUGUUCUACAAAUUCCACCUUCUGUAUUUAUUUCUCCUCUUGGUCCUAAGUUCAUUCACAUGUUUUAUCAGUUGGCAAGACAUGUAGUGAUUAAGGAGCUGAAAAAUGACUCUGUAGGGACUGAUACACCUUUUGCUGUAAAGUUGAGCCCUGAGUAUAUGUGCAUGGCAGAUGUAAGACACAGAGUUGCAUACAAUAAACUUCUGACAGUUUUUCAAAGAGAAAAUUUUUUUCUUCAGGAAUAUGAGGAGAAAGCACAGUAAGUAAUGCAUUUAAAGAAAUGGAGUCUUUUCAUAAAAGCUGACUUUUGGGUGUGUGUUUUUUAAAAGGGUUUGAGGAGGCUGCAUCUGCUUUACAUCAUGAAUUCUGUUGAGCUUCUCCCCAUUUUUUCCUCCUUUACUUCCCUUAAUUGACUGUUCUACUGUUUGUAGGGACUUUGUGAAGCAUAGUAGUCUAAAUAAAUUAGUUCUUCACUUAGGAGAUGCUGGAUUUUGGAAGAUGUGGUUACUUGGGCUUUAAAAAUGAUCAGGGAGCUCUGCAUGUAUAGUACUGAUUUCUUAACAUUUGAAGGGUCAUAUCUUAGAAUAUAACUGUCUCAAGAUGAAACAUUUAGUCUUUGCUUAACCACUGUGGGACACAUUUUAUUUACAUAAUUGUCCUGGGUUUGGCUGAGAUAACUUAAUAUUCUUCUUGGUAACUGGUGUAGCUGAUGCCGUACUAUGUUUUGGAUUUGCUGUGAGAAUAACGUUGAUAAUAUACUGAUGUUUUUAGUUGUUGCUAAAUGGUGUUUGUAUACUAAGUCAAAGACUUCUGUUUCUCAGGCCUUGCUAGCAAUAAGGCUGGAGGAACAUAAGAAACUGGGAGGGGACACAGCCAGGACAGUUGACCUGAAUUGGUCAAGGGGAUAUUCCAUACCAUAGAAUAUCAUACUGAGUAUAUAAGCUGAGGGAAGAAGCAAAGGGGGAAUGUUUGGAG